AUGGCAACUUGGGUAUUAUCAGAAUGUGGCAUGAAGCCUCUUGCUCCAGUAUUUCCUAGACCUAGAACCGGAGCUGUUUUGUCCAGCUCCUCCAAGGUUGGAUUUUUGGACACAAACAAAAGUGUGGCUGAUCUUAAGUUUCAACCUUUGAGAUGUAACCUUAGGGGGAGAAAUUGGGGAUUGAAAGUAAGUGCCCCUUUGAGGGUUGCUUCCACUGAAGAGGAGGAAAAGAAUUUUGUUGAUGUAAUCAAUGGGAUUAAUGGGGUUCGGCAUGAGAAGCUUCCAGAAUUUGAUCCUGGUGCUCCCCCACCGUUCAACUUGGCCGAUAUUAGGGCUGCGAUUCCAAAGCAUUGCUGGGUGAAGGACCCUUGGAAGUCCAUGAGCUAUGUCGUGAGGGAUGUCAUUGCUGUCUUUGGAUUGGCUGCUGCUGCUGCUUAUCUCAAUAAUUGGCUGGUUUGGCCUCUCUAUUGGGCUGCUCAAGGCACAAUGUUCUGGGCUCUGUUUGUUCUUGGUCAUGAUUGUGGCCAUGGAAGCUUUUCAAAUAACCCCAAAUUGAACAGUGUUGUUGGGCAUCUGCUACAUUCUUCAAUUCUAGUACCAUAUCAUGGAUGGAGAAUAAGUCAUAGGACUCAUCACCAAAAUCAUGGCCACGUUGAAAAUGAUGAAUCUUGGCACCCGUUGCCUGAAAGAUUGUUCAGGAGCUUGGACACUGUAACACGUAUGUUAAGAUUCACAGCCCCUUUUCCACUGCUUGCAUAUCCAGUGUACCUUUGGGGUAGGAGUCCUGGGAAGACUGGUUCUCACUUUGACCCUAGCAGUGAUUUGUUCCUUCCCAAUGAAAGAAAAAAUGUUAUUACUUCCACAGCUUGUUGGGCUGCUAUGCUGGGAUUGCUUGUUGGAUUGGGGUUUGUAAUGGGUCCAAUUCAACUGCUUAAGCUUUAUGGUGUUCCCUAUGUGUUAUUCGUUAUGUGGUUGGACUUGGUGACUUAUUUGCACCAUCAUGGCCAUGAAGACAAAUUACCUUGGUAUCGUGGAAAGGAAUGGAGCUACCUUAGGGGAGGUCUAACUACUCUUGAUCGUGAUUAUGGAUGGAUCAAUAACAUUCACCAUGACAUUGGAACUCAUGUCAUUCAUCACCUAUUUCCUCAAAUUCCACACUAUCACUUGGUUGAGGCUACUGAGGCAGCUAAGCCAGUGUUUGGCAAAUAUUAUAGAGAACCAAAGAAAUCAGCUCCUCUUCCUUUUCACCUUAUUGGGGAGUUAAUAAGGAGCUUCAGGACUGACCAUUUUGUUAGUGACACAGGAGAUGUUGUGUACUAUCAAACUGACACUCAGAUUAAUGGUUCAUCCAAAUCAGAGUGA